AUGAUGGAGUACUGGAGGCAAUGCGCGCUGUGGCUGAUCCACUGCAAGGUGCUCCCAGCCAACCACAGGGUGACGUGGGAAUCCGCGCAGGUUUUCGACUUGGCUCAGACACUUCGGGACGGGGUGCUGCUUUGCCAUCUGCUCAACAACCUCCACGUCCAGAGCAUCAACCUGAAGGAGAUCAACCUCCGGCCGCAAAUGUCACAGUUCCUCUGCCUGAAGAACAUCCGGACUUUCCUGGCCGCCUGCAACGACACUUUCGGGAUGAAAAAGAGCGAGCUGUUUGAGGCGUUUGACCUGUUUGAUGUCAGGGAUUUUGCAAAGAUGUUCUAA